AUGACCAUCAAAAACUUCUCAAUUGAAUAUGAUGCCCUUAACAGCAAAAACACCUUUACAAAUGGAGAUACCAUUAAUGGAAGAAUCAUUGUGGAGGUUUCUAAAGAAACCAGAAUCCAAUCACUUAUUUUUAUGGCUAAGGGAAAAGCUCAUGUUUGCUGGCAUGAACAUUACGGGCAAAAUCAACAUCAUGUUUUCUGGGCUGAUGAGAAAUAUUAUGAUGUCAAACACCAUAUCUUGAGAGAAGCAAGAGGAGAUGGCACUGCAGUCAUUGGUAGAGGAAGACACGUAUUUCCUUUUUCCUUCAAGAUACCUGACAGAAAGAUCCCACCAUCGUUCAAAGCUUCCAUAGGCAAAAUCGUUCAUAAGUUGAAGGCAGAGCUUAAGCAAUCAAUGAAGAUGACAAAAAAGACCAAAGCCCACUUCACAUUUGUCUCAAAGGCAAACAUGGAUAUUCCCGGACUUAUGGAACCUCAGUAUGGCUGCAGCGAUAAAGCUGUCAAACUCUUUGGCUCUGGAACUGUUUCACUGGAUGUAAACACCGAUAGGAUGGGAUACAAGCAAGGUGAGGCUCUCCAAGUCACAGCUGAAAUCAGCAACCACUCAAGUCGUUUGGUGAAGCCCAAAUUCACACUGUAUGAGAAAAGGAGUUUCUUUGCCCAGGGUCGCAGGAGAGUUUGCACAAAUGAGAUCCUUAAGGACAAGAUUGAGGCUGUUGCAUCCUCUAGCAAAGAGACUGUGACCAAGGUGAUCUCCAUCCCUAGAGAACUACCUCCCUCCAUCUUGAACUGCUCCAUCAUCAAGCUAGAGUAUAGGCUGAAGAUCCAUCUGGAUAUCAAAUAUGCUUCAGACCCAGAGAUCAAACUCCCUAUAGUUGUCCUACCUGAGCUUCCUGCUGUAAAACAACCACCUACUCCUGCUUGGUUUGGAUUUGAAGCACUUGGGAACCCAAGCCAACUGACCAGGAGCACCACACCACAACAAGCAGCAUACCAAUCUGUGGAUCCCCCACCUCCCUAUGGAGGUUAUGCAAUGCCCCCCUCCAUUAAUCAAUCUGAUAAAAAUAACACACCAUUGUAA